AUGGAAGUGGCGGCGAUCAACUCGCUAAUCGAGGAGCUUAUCAUCAAAGUUGCACAGCUCUCAGCAGAGGCGAAUGACACCAAACGGCUUCGGACCCUCAAGCGCCGGGCCGAAGCUGCCUUGCAUCUUGGAGUUCAUGGUCGAACAAAUCAAUUCGAGGUCGAUCGUCAGCUAGAGGGCUUGCAAGAAAAGUUUCGAGUCCUCAACCGAGAUGAGCUUGCCGAAAGUCUCCAUUAUCGGAUUUCGGAAUUGCAGGACUUUCCAAACUCAUGGCACCCUGAAAUCUUGAGCUUAUUGCUGCAAUUGUCUGACCGUCCGGCCGAACUUACGGAGAAUAAACUACCACAAGUACCGUCUCUGUCAAAUCACACCCCGAAUCGACCACUGUUGUGGGCAGACCUUGACGCCCACGGGGCAGCGUUUAGCGAUGAAGAAAUUUGGAAUGAUGUUGACUUCGGUUCCGACUCAUCAGACGAUGAUCUCGAGUCCGAAAAAGCUAGUGGAUCUCUCCACGAAUUUUCCCUACAAACUCUGUCUGCGGGGGAAGUGGACUACAAGAUCCCUGAGGAAGUUUAUUUGCAAGGGGAAGAUGAAGGUCUUCUUACUUCCAUAGAAAAAGCGCAAUUCUGGAAGCUUGACAAUUUUCAGAGAGCCGACAACGUCUCUGUUCACAUUACUGAGCUGCAAUUAGCUCGAGAAACGAUCUUCAUGCUGCAGGCUUUGCCAACCUCAGUAUUUCGACAUGCCGGCGGUCGCAUAGAUCUCGACCGUAGCUAUGCACUUACUCAUGCAUCUCAUCUGGGAGUUUGCUCUCUGUUGGCAUCUUUUGCUCAAACAGGCACCAAGAUCAAUGCUCUUCGACAUUUUGCCAACACGACGCAAAGAAUGGCUUACAUGCAGACAUUUUCUCGAGGGAUCGAGGACUUCCUUCAUGAGUUUGACAGUGCUCUGUGUGAAAUACAACGUCGUUAUCUCUCGCCUGGCUCAGCUAUUAGUAUCCUUCAGCUCCAUGAGGAAGUUACUCAAGCGUCUCACCAGUUGCUGCUGCUGUCAGAACUAGUCGCAGACCUCGAAGCAAAGUCCAUUGACAGACCAAUGUACUGUCUCGAUCUUCUGUUCGAUCUUGUGUGUAUGACGGAAGCUUUGGGCGACGAGAGUUCUUCGAAGACCCUAGGCAAAUUCUUUUUGUCGUGCGUUAAAACUUACGCACACUCGAUCCAACUCUGGAUGGAACACGGUCAAAUUGACCCCUACGACACUGCUUUUUUUGUGAAGGCAAAGAACAACGACGGCGAUUUACGAACGAUAUGGUCUCACUGGUUUCAUAUCGACGAAGGGUUCGAACGACAAAACAUCCCCAAAUUCCUGCAGUCGUGUAUUCAAAGGGUCUUCACAACCGGCAAGAGCAAGGUUUUCUUACGUCACCUGCACGCCCUCACAGACGAUAUUGAAGCUGGUUCAGCAGAACCAUUAUUCGACGAGGUUUUCUCUGAACCGUUUCUUUCACCACUCCCUUUCUCUGUUCGACUAGAGACUGCCUUUGACCGUCUGGUAGAUCUCCAUCAUUCGGCGAGUGCAGGUCUGCUUCGAAUCGAGCUUGAAUCACAAUGUGGGCUCUGGCGAUCUUUCGUGGCCUUGAAGCAGGUGUAUUUGGGUGAAGACAUCAGCCCGCUCAGUAUCAUCGACGCCAAAGUCUUCGAACUGAUAGACCGCGGUCGGGCUUGGGAUGACAGAUUUCUUCUUACCGAGGUUGCUCGAUCUGCGUUCAGCGUGCUUCCUCAUAUGGACGUGUCAAGAAUCGUUGUACGGUCACAGGUUGGAGGUCUGUUUUCAUAUGAUUCUCCAAAUCUAAAUCGAACGGUCAUAAUUCUUGAGAAAAUCUCUAUUGACUACACUCUCCCCUGGGCUAUCGCGAACAUUGUUCCGAGGAGCGCCAUCCGCAUUUACCAACGAAUCUCAACUUUUCUGAUGCAAAUCCGUCGGUCAAGAUAUUCUCUUGUCAAGCAGCGACUGCGCGAGGGGCGUCAUUUCCUGGUUGACGGGCGAAAUCGAUCUCUCGUUAAUAGUCUCCAUCACAACCUGACGUGGUUCCUUGAUGUCCUCUACUCACAUUUUGCCUACAUUGCAAUUUCAACUUCUACGGAUGCUUUUCAUCAAGCUCUGCAUGAUGCUCAAGAUGUGGACACCAUCAUUGCUGCUCACGACUUCUAUAUCUCCUCGCUGGAAGAGCAAUGCCUGCUUUCAGAAAACCUGAAGCCGGUUCAUCAAGCCGUUAUCGAUAUUAUGGAUCUUGCAAUAAACAUGGUUGAUCUGCAGAUCGUGCAUGCGGCCGAAGGAGAAACUCCAGGCCCCAGCAACAUGAGCGUUUCGAAACAACAGCGACGGCAGAGGAAUAGCGACACUGGUUCAGGCUCGGACUCCGACUCUGAGUCGGAUGACGGCUUCGAAUAUGAGCAAACCCUGACCAUUUCGUUCAACGAGACAUCCUACGAUACCCAGCUACGAAAUCUGAUAUCUCGAUUUGAAAAUCUGGUCGUGUUCGUUGCAGAUCAUCUGAAGGAUGUCGCUCGUGCAAAUGGCCAUUCAAGUUGGAACAUUCUGGCAGAACGUAUAGAAUGGAGACAGCGCUGA